UCCUAGGCCUGACAGUUACCUUUCCUGUUUUGUGUUGAAUUAAUUCUCGUCAAGUCGUCACUAUUUGAAUCGAGAGUGGGGCUCGAGUUUGAGUAUAUUGUGUGAACUGUGAAUAUUUACUUACCUACUUAAGUGGUGUAGACGUGGAUUCGUUGUAAAGCCAUUAAUACUCAUAAAAAUGUCAAAAAUAAAGGCUGGACCUGUUGUUGAUGUCCUUGGAGAUGAGAUGACAAGAAUAAUCUGGGAUUUGAUUAAAAAUAAGCUCAUUUUACCUUUCUUAGACAUAGAAUUACAUACAUAUGAUUUGGGAAUGGAGUACCGUGAUCAAACUGAAGACCAGGUAACAAUUGAUUGUGCUAAUGCUAUUAAAAAGUACAAUGUUGGUAUUAAGUGUGCUACCAUCACACCAGAUGAGAAGAGAGUUGAAGAAUUCAAUUUAAAGAAAAUGUGGAAGAGUCCCAAUGGUACCAUUCGUAACAUUCUUGGUGGUACAGUGUUCAGAGAAGCUAUUAUUUGCAAGAACAUCCCACGUCUUGUUACUGGUUGGGAAAAACCAAUUAUUAUUGGACGUCAUGCUCAUGCUGAUCAAUAUAAAGCCACAGAUUUUGUAGUUCCUGGUGAAGGAAAGUUAGAGUUGGUGUUCACACCUCCUUCUGGUGAACCAGUCAAAUAUGUUGUUAAUGAAUUUAAAGGUGCAGGUGUAGCUAUUGGUAUGUUUAACACAGAUGCAUCAAUUAUUGAUUUCGCCCAUUCCUCAUUCAAAUUUGCACUCGCAAGAAAAUAUCCAUUGUACUUGAGCACUAAGAACACAAUUCUCAAGAAAUAUGAUGGUCGCUUUAAAGACAUUUUCCAAGAAAUCUAUGAAAAGGAUUAUAAGUCUCAAUUUGAAGGUGCAGGAAUUUGGUAUGAGCACAGACUCAUUGAUGACAUGGUUGCAUACGCUAUGAAGUCUGAGGGUGGUUUUGUUUGGGCUUGUAAGAACUACGAUGGGGAUGUGCAAUCAGAUUCAGUUGCCCAAGGAUACGGAUCUCUUGGUCUUAUGACUUCAGUACUUAUUUGUCCUGAUGGAAAGACCGUUGAAGCCGAAGCCGCUCAUGGAACUGUUACACGACACUACCGUUUCUAUCAACAAGGAAAAGAAACAUCCACCAAUCCUAUUGCUUCCAUUUUCGCGUGGACCAGAGGUCUAUUGCAUCGCGCCAAGCUAGACGACAAUGCUGAACUGAAAAAUUUUGCUGAAACACUCGAAAGUGUUUGCAUCGACACCAUUGAGUCUGGAAUUAUGACAAAAGAUCUUGCUAUUUGUAUCAAAGGCAUGAACAACGUAAAGAGGUCAGAUUACUACGAAACAUUUGAAUUUAUGGAUAAGUUGGCAGAGAAUUUAGCUAAAAGACUGGGAAAGUGACUAACAAAUGAACAAAAGUUAUGUCAUCUCUAAUGGAAUGAUUUAUUACUUAUACGGGGAUAUAUGGUAUAUUAUUUAAACAGCAUUUAUUUAUUGUAAUCGAUUUUAUAUAACUAAUAAAUGAUCUUUAUUGUCACAAAUCAAA